UCUGCCGUUUACCGGGUUGGAUGGAUUUAUCAAAACGCGCGCACACACACCAGAGAUGAUCCUCUGUGUGUUUGGAGCGGAAGGAGAGUGCUCCAGUAUUCUCCCAAUUCCAGAGAGGUGCCAAGGCUGAGGCAGACAGAGAGGGAAAACAGUAACAUGGGAAAAGAUUUCAGGCUAUUACUUCUCAGGGAAAGGAAUGUGUUCACUCGUGCAUCAUCUGCAAAGCUCCACUCGCUGCAGAAAGAGAGCGAGAAUCGUUCUCUGUGAGUAGGCUGUCCAAGGAGGAAAUAUGAACGUGUGAAGAUGAAAUGUCACAAUGUGUGAAGAGUAUGCCACGAGGAAGAUGCUGCUAUAAAGGCUCAGCUAAAGACAUGAACCUGAGACGUCUCUUUUUGUCCAUUUUGUCAUUUGGAGUGGCUGGGCUGUUACUAAUCAUUUACUUCCACGUGUGGAUUGAAGAACAGCCGAUAGUGUUGAGAUACAAGAUUCAACAGGACCAAACUAAUAAGGUCAGGAGAGGGCCCACAGAGAGCCAGGGGAAGAAUGUGGAGCCCGGAGAUGACCAGGCUAAGGGUCUGAGCCCCGGGACAGUCCCUGGACCCGGGUCGCGUCCCAUGGCCGAGGCCCCUCUGAGGAAGCAGCGGGAGGUGGGGAGCCUUCUGCUGAAGAGGUUUCUCCAGCCGUUGCCGCUGGGCCUGAGAGGGGAGAGGACGCUGGUUGCUGACGAGGUCCACGAGAGGAGGAGGAUACACAUCGCUGACUUCUGCAGGAAGUAUCAGGUCAGCAAGCCCAGACGCUCCCUGAUCAGGCUUGUCUCGCGCUUGUAUGUGGAGGAUAAGCACAGGCUGCUGUACUGCGAGGUACCCAAGGCUGGGUGCUCCAACUGGAAGCGGGUCCUAAUGGUACUGAAUGGCCUGGCCUCUUCCCCGCACAACAUCUCCCACCAGUUUGUGCACUACGGCACACACCUCCACCGCUUGGACAGCUACAGCCUGCACAAGGCCUACGAGCUCCUGGGCAGCUUCACCAAAGUGCUGUUCGUGAGGGACCCCAUGGAAAGGCUGGUGUCUGCCUUCAGGGAUAAGUUCGAGCACCCCAACGUCUACUACCACCCAGUCUUCGGCAAGGCCAUCCUCAGGAAGUACCGAGCCAAUGCCAGUGCUGAGGCACUGGGCACCGGGGCUGGUGUGACCUUUAGUGAGUUUGUCCAAUACCUCCUGGACCAACAGAAGCCUGUGGGCAUGGACAUCCACUGGGAGCCCAUCGGCCAGCUCUGCUCGCCCUGCCUCAUCGAUUACGACUUCAUCGGGAAGUUUGAGGAUCUGGAGAAAGACGCCAACUACUUCCUGAAGCUGAUUGGUGCUCCUCGCGACCUCCAGUUCCCCAGUUUUAAAGACCGACAUUCCACCGAUGAGAGAACCACACCAGCAGUCGUCAAACACUAUCUCCUUCAGAUCCCACCUUUGCAAAGGCAACAAAUCUAUAACCUUUAUUACCUGGACUACCUCAUGUUUAACUAUUCUAAGCCACACUUUUGAUACGAGUGUAUGGGACUGAGAAACCGUAGUAAUUUAUCAAUCAGGAAAGCUUAAUAUAUUCUGUGAUGUAGAUCUUAUUUUAAUAUCUUCUGUAGGUGGAAUCGUAUUUGAACCUUAAGCCUUCAAAGUGUUUUCUCACUCUUUCUUUCACUCUGUCCAACAACAGGGUGAUGGAAUUGAAAGUGGUGACCCCACUCUCUGCCCAGUUCCUUCGAAGAUAAACACAGAGUGCUGCUCAAACCCAAAACAACAAUCAGGUGGAUGGGGUCAAAAGACUGAAAUUCUGUCCUCCGCUGAUGGAGUUAUUCCAGGCUGAGGGGUUAACAUUUUGCGUUGGGCAUUCCCAAAUUGGGGAAGGGGUGAUUUGCUCUGCCGUGCGAAGACAGAGCAAUGCUGGCUGUGAUGCAGUCCGCAACUGAUCAGCAUUGCCCGGUCUCACUGUCAGGAAACCUCUCGUGUCAGGAGUAGUCAUCCCAUUGAGAAUCAUGGAGGCUUUCCACCUCGCGGACAAGAAUCAAUAUCUUCAGAGAAGGAAAGGAAACGAUGGAGAAAAUUGUAAGGGGCCUGCUAAAGUGGGUGUUGGCAGCCGGCAAUCUAUUCUGUGACAAAUAUUCCUAACCCUUUCUUUCCAAUCUCUCCAAGGGAGAGAGUAUUUAAUCAUCCUGGAAUAUCUCCUUUUUCCCACUUUGCAUGACCAGCUGAGGGGAUUUGGAUUUCCCCAGUUGCCCUUUCCAAAGGUGCUUGGGUUUUCCUUUAUUCACUCAGGGCUAUUGGUGUCUCCAAAAAGGCCAGCAUUUGUUGCCCAUCCCUAAUUGCCCUUGAACUGUGUGGCUUGCUCAGCCAUAAGUCUUAGGAGCAAACGUGGGCCAUUUAGCCCAUUAAAAUCUGCACCGCCUUUCAAUGAGAUCAUGGCUAUAGCCAUUCCAGAGGGCAGUCAAAGAUCAACCCACAUUGCUAUCUGUCUGGAGCCACAUGUAGGCCAGACUGCAUAAGGAUGGCAGAUUUACCUACCGAAAAGGACAUUAGUGAACCAGGGUUCUGAGGAAGGG